ACUAAUUGACAAUGAGCCAUUCCGACACCAAACCAAAGGCAAACAUAUGAAACAGACAAUUAAGCAAACAAAUACAAUAAGCAAAUUGAUUUAAGCUAAUAAUUAAAAAGUAAAACUAACACACAGUAAUCUGUACCAAAUUGAAGAAGUACUUAAUGUGUCUGUGUAAUAAUACCGUAAUAAUACUGUAACAAUACACGUAUAGCAAGAAAUUUUAUAUUUUGAAUUAUUUAUGUUCAGUGGUCCAUAACUAAUUUUUAUUUACUCACCACUUACUUCUUCCUUUCUUUCUUUCUUUCUUUCUUUUCAUUAACCUUACUUUAUACCUAACUUAGUAUGGUUAUAAACAGAAAGGUAAGAGUCUCUAAGAGGUUCGUCAUUGCCUGUGCUGCGAUAUGGAUUGCAACAUUAAACUUAUACUUAUUCUUUUAUCAUUAUGAUAGUAUUAGAACUACUAUUGGGAAAGUUACUAGUACCAAUAAUAAUGCAUAUGGAUCAGGAGAAAUUGAUGAAUAUAAUGAGGACAAUAAUUGGUCAUUUGAUAAUGAAAAGAAUCAACAUGAGAUCCAUAAGUCUGCCUUUAAACCCCUUAAUACUUCUAUCUUAGAAGAUUCUAGUUUGGCCAUACUUCAGAAAUAUGGUGAUAUCAUUGAUCGUCGUAAUAUCGAUCCAAUAUUUUCUUCAAAUUAUGAAAGAAUCUUUAAUCAACAUCCAAAUCCUGUUGAAGUAUUUGCCAAUUUGAAUUUUAAAGAGAGGUGUAAUUUAUAUUUUGAAAAUUUACAUCUUGAAGAUCAUAAUUGGUUUCUUAACCCUAAUGAUCAUGCUCCACUCAUGAGAUAUCUUUUCCCUUACAAACAGGGAAUUGAAGAGUUUGACUAUGAAGUUUGGAAAGAUCGUAAGUAUGGUGACCUCGAAAGUGAUUUUAUUAAGGAAACUAAACUUGAAAUUGAUAAAGAUAAUGCUGAUGAGGAUAAGAGAAAGAAGAUCGAUGUAAACAAGAUUGAAAAGUUUAUUAGAAAGAAGUAUGAAGCAUUUCAAAACGAAACCUUGCGGGCCGAGCAAAGAGUUCUUGAUGCUUUCAGUCAUUUAAGAAUCUUCAAUAAAUGUUAUCUUUCUGAUAAUGAUGCUAAUCUUGAGAAGAAGAAUGUGGAAUUUGUUGAUAAUCAAAAGCAAUUUUAUAGAAGACUUUUGAAUUCUGUCAAAGUUCCAGCAUUUGUCCCUAGUAAAGAAGAAAAGACCUUACAAGUUGUAUCAUCUAAUUGUCAAUCAGUUGAACAAAGACUUUAUCCAUGGCUUUCAAAGAUUUAUCCAGUAUAUGAAAGAUGGAAUGGAGAUGUAGUAUUAUCACCUCCCAAAUAUGUUACUAGUAGUCCAAGUUCCAAGAGUCACUUUACUGAAAACACAUGUUUCUUUAAAAAGUUUAAAUCAGAAUUAAAUGGUAAAGGUCUUGUAUUUACUAUGGCUGAUAUGCAUCUUGAAGCUGCAAUUAAUUUAAUUAAAUUAUUAAGAGGUCUUGGGAAUACUUUACCUAUACAAAUUGUUUAUUAUGAUAAUCUUAGUGGUAAAUCUAAAAAGCAGCUUGUAAAAGCCGCUAGAGAAGAAUUUAAAGAUCUUCCGGCAUCAUUUGAAAAAGUCACUCAUCUCUUACCUAAGGGUUAUGAGAAAGGUUUACCACCACAAGAGAUUUGGUUUGUUAAUACUUAUAAUGUUAUUAGUGAACAAUAUAAGAAUAAAUUCGAAGGAUAUGGUAAUAAAUUAUUAGCAACUAUAUUCAAUUCAUUUGAAGAAUUCAUCUUAUUAGAUGCCGAUACGGUCAUCUUUAAAAAUCCUGAAUGGUUCUUUCUGAUUCCUAAAUAUAAAAAGACUGGAGCUAUGUUUUAUAAGGAUAGAAGUACUACCGAUAUUAGACCUAAAACAGAUAUAUUAUUCUAUAAAAAAAUGUUCCCAUCAACUUUAGAUUCACUUAUGUUUGAUAUUCCUCAAAUUACUGAUAAAACUCUUAAUUUAGAUGCUAUGCAAGGAAUGUAUCAUUUUAUGGAAGCAGGAGUUGUGAUACUUAAUAAAGCCAGAAAUUUUAAUUCCAUCUUACUUUUACCUCAAUUAAGUUUUAUGGAACCCUUCAGAGAAAGAAGUCAUGGUGAAAAGGAAUUCUUUUGGUUAGCAUUUGCCGUAGAUGGGAAUGAAAGUUAUGAAUUUAAUGAUUAUAGAGCUGCUGCCGUAGGAGAAGUUAAUGAACAUAGACAUAAAGAUAAUGGAGAUCUAUAUCUUUCUAAACAACUUUGUAAUGCUCAUCCAGCUCAUCUUCAUGAUGUUGAUAAUUCAUUACUUUGGUUAAAUUCCGGUUUCCAUUUCUGUGGAAAGUUUGAAAAAGUCGAUUUCAAAAAUGAUUUGGAACAUCAAAAGAAUUACUACGUUAAGACAUUCCAAACGGUUGAAGAGAUUAAAAAGUAUUAUUAUGAUCCUAUACCUAUUAGACAAGCUAUACUUCCACCAUUUAAGAAUGCUUAUGAAAAUGUAGCACCUAAUAGUGAAGGUGAACCUCCAUUAGCGUGGGAAAUGCUUCAUGUAUUAUGUUAUGAUUACAUGUGGUGUACUUAUAGUUCUAUUGGAGCUGGUGAUAACUUCCAGAAUGGUACAGUUAUAGACUUUAGUGAAGAAGAAGUUAAUCAUUUCAAAUUCUUAGGGGAUAUUUGGGUCGGUAAUGAAUAAAAUACCGUUGCAUAUUUUUUAUUUCAUUGAUAUUAUAAUCCAUAGAUUUUUAAAUGUCAGUUUUUACCUAUAUUUAUUAGUAAUACAUCUGUAGAUAUAA